AUGGUACUCGAUAUGACACACUAUGGGAUAAAUCUCCAUACGGGCAACAUGGCGGGGAACAUCUACCUGAACUUUUUACUCUACUCUCUCGUGGAUUUCCCCGGAUACGCCCUGUGUUUUACCAUAGACAGAUUUGGUCGGAAGAAGAUUUACACGCUGUGUUUAGUCACGGGCGGCCUGGCAUGCCUUUCAACACUCUUCGUACAUCUCUAUGGAGAGGAAGAUGCUACUUAUUCUUACUACGUCAAAAUGGCGCUCUCUACAGUCGGGAAAUUAGGAAUCGCGGCAGCUUACGGAAUCAGUUACAUAUGGGGUGUUGAACUGUUCCCCACUGUGGUCCGUAACUUCAGUUUAGGUCUAGGGUCGGUGGCUUCCUGCGCGGGGGCUAUUCUUACACCAAUAGUUGUCAGAGAAGUCAAGGCAGACAGUAUAGGAGAGGACACUCUGCCCCUGGUGAUAUUCGGAGUGGCUGCCAUAUUUGGAGCUAUAUGUACGAUACCCUUGCCAGAAACGACGAACCGAGACUUACCCGAAACUAUAGAAGACGCGGAGAAUUUUCAAAGACGCACAAAACGCAAACUCGAUGAAAAAGAAUACCACAUUUCACCAACGAUCGAGAUGAUGGAGAUGCCACGGAAAAACGCCUCAGCCACAUCGCGCUUAUCUAUAUGAUCACGAAAGACUAUUUAAACCGAAUAACGAAAACAGAAACCAA